AUGACACGUUCAGUUUGGAAAGGUCCUUUUGUGGACGUAAGUGUAUUGCAACAAUCAUUUGACAAACGUAUUAAUAUUUGGUCUCGAAGAUCCGUGAUCAUACCACAAUUUAUUAAUCAACAAGUCUAUAUUUAUAAUGGUAAAACAUUUGUAUCAUUACUUGUUACAGAAGAUAUGGUUGGUCAUAAAUUUGGUGAGUUUGCGAUGACAAGAAAACGAGCCCUCCAUAAAAAAAAAGUGAAAAAAAAGAAGUAA